AUGAGUGAUAUGACACCUCUCAAACCAUCCCCCACUCCAUCUAGCCCUCUUAGCUCUAUUGAAACACUUUCCUCUGACUCGGAAGAAAGAGAGCCAGAAUGGUGGUGGCAUUGGAGCUCUCAAUCUUUGAAGGAGCCUAGGAGUGCAGACCCAUCUGAAGCUUUUAUAUUGAAUGAAAGGCGAAGUCGAAAACAGGCACGCCGAUUCCCGGAACCAGAACUUUAUUCUGGCGAGGCAGAUAUAGAUGCCCAAAAGCGAAUGCGACUGAAUGUUUCAUAUCGCGACAACAGUACCUCCACGAAGAAAAAGCAUACUGCUUUGCAAGUAGAGCUAUCGGUCUCGAAUGAUGAAACACACAGAGCGAGCAACCAAAAGAGCGACAAUACGACGAAAUCAAAACGAGGCACAUGUAUACCCGAAGUGCCUAUUUAUAAAGGGAAUGCACCUUCCUUGGAGACAUGUAUCAAAUCUGAGAAGGAAAUACAGUCCUUGAAACGGGAAGUUGGUCUACUGGGCCUACACGAUGAAAAGAGAGCUUCAGCGUUCAGGCAAGACAUCAGAUAUUUGCAAGAGGAAAAUUUCGCUCUCUGCCGCAAGCUAGAUUGGUAUAAGACGCAGUAUGAGGCCAUUGCAAGUGGAUCCUGUGCUUUAGAUGGGUUGGAAGAGCUGAGAGUGGAGGUAGAGAAAAGGGAUGUGGAAAUCGAUGAGAAGGUUAAGCAAAUUUCGUCGCUUGAAGACCAACUUAAUACUGCAGAAGGACUGAGCGCUAUUUUAAGAGACUCGCAAGACCAAAAUAAUGCUUCAGUGAACUUCUCUGAGGAUCUGGCUCAACUUGAGGCUGCAAUGGGCCAAGCGGCUUUGCUUCUUGUUCAGUGUCUCUCUGACAAAAAACUGUCAAUCGUACGGAAAUCCCCAAGCAGAACCCCGGAGUUAAGUGCGAUAAUCAGGCAAAGCCUAGGGAAGUUUAUGGUGAUUACUUCUUACCCCAGACCUGCAUUUUCUGCACUACUGUUCAGCUUCACUCGAGAACGAGUUUUUUACUCAGGCUGCUGGACUGCUCUGCACCUUGAAGGCCAUAUGCUACGAGGAUACCAGGCAGUGAUUCAACGCAUUACCCCAAGCGGCACGCUUGAAGGUCUCCACAGAGCGGCCCUUGAGUUGAUGCUGGAGGAAGACCAUCCGUUUCGAGAAUCUUGGAUUCAGUCGCAGGUCGAAGAAGUCAAGUCCGAGUUCCUAUGCCUUAUUGAUCCGUUAUUUGAGGCUUCAAAAAUGGAAAUAUUUGACAAAGGAAUUCAGGCUGCUCUGAACCAGGUUUUCGCAGAGGCGUUUCGCUUUCGAGCUCGCUGUGUCCCCCCAAAGGGAACUCGGUACGAGCUGAUGCAGGUCAAAGAAGGAGACAUGUUUGACCCAGAAUACAUGGUAGCUCAAGGACCCGAUGGAUCCAUUCGAUCGAUUCCCAGUGAAAAGGCUUAUAGAGUUAAGCUGUGCGUUCACGGCUGCCUCAUUUCUUACGUCAUGGAUGAUGAAUCAUUUGACGGAGCACUAUGCAGCACAAUUAGCCAGGCAUUUAUAUCCGCAGACGGAAAAGGAAGGAGUUUUGAAAACAAGCAAAAGAAGGUGCUGAAGAGUGAGAAGGCAAUUGUUAUCCUAGAUUAUGACACACAGCCAUAG